CCAGAGCCCAGACUGAGAGCCCUCCAGCUACCAGACUUGGGCUACACACUUCUCCGUCCUCGUGGGUGUGCACCCCCCUGCCACCCCGAGCCAGCUGCGUCUGCGGUCUUUGCUCUUUGCACAUAACUUACGGAAGCAAGAAGCACGAACGAGGACAAUCGAUCCCCCCUGAACUGCACUUCCUCCUGUUGCUUCGUAGAGAUUGGCUUCCCCUCCUCUGAAGUAGCCGAUUCACCGUCUCCACAGCCCUCCUCCUACCUACACUUGUGCAUAUACAAUGUCGGAACGACGCAACAGCCUGUCGCCGCCAGAGCGACGGGACACGGCUGAUCCAGGUGCCCGCGAGCUCGCAGAGGCAUCCGACUCCGAAGAGCACUACUCCGACGCCCGGUCCGGGCCUGUCUCGCCCGCCAGAGCCUCGCCCAUUCCGCGGACCAGAGUCGAGAAGGUCGACGACCGGCCCGCCUACGGAGAAGUUCCCGGCACCGAGGCGUAUCGCAUGAGGGAGGAGGACGCAGAGCCGGAUGAGAUUGCCAUCAUCCCCGACCAGAGCAGUUCCUCGCCGCCCGAGCCAGAGCCCGAGCACCCGCCGCGCCCGCCAACCCCCGGUGGGCGCCCCAUCCCAAAGACGGUGGUGGAGGAGACGCCAGACGGUGAGGGCGCCGUGACGCACCCUGAGAACAGGCAAAGGCGCAAGUCGGAUGCCCACCCCGACGUGGUAGUCAAGGCCGACGGGCAAAGGAUCGAGGAGGGCGGGGCAGCAGCAAAUGAUACUCCAAUACCAUCUCUCAGUACUCCCCCCACUCCAGCUCGCGCAAGGAGGAAAUCAUCGCUUGCUCUGAAACGAUCUCCGUUGAGUCCUGGUUUCCCAGCGCCCGAAAGUACUCCCGACGACGGGCAAGCUGAGGACGACGACUUCGGCGAUGACUUUGACGAGUUCGAGGAGGGCGGAGAAGACGAUGACUUUGACGACUUCGACGACGGCUUCCAGGAAGCAGGACACACGCCUGCUCCACCACAACCUCCUCCUCCUCCUCAGCCGUCCGCCCCGGCCGCUCCGUCCCUCCCCUUCCCCAUCCCCACCUUCGACGACCUCUCCCCGGCCGAAAUCCACACCCUCACGGAACCUUACCUAGCCGCCCUCUUCCCUCCUACCCCGCCAUCCCCUCUAUCCUCAACAGCAACAGCAGCAACAAAAGAAAACCCCGUCUUCCUCACCCCGCGCUCCGCCUCGCUCUGGUCGCAGCUCGUCGCCCCGCCGCCGCUGCAGCCGCCCGACUGGAUCCGCUCGCGCAUCCGCCGCCUCUUCCUCGUCUCGCUCGGCGUGCCCGUCGACCUCGACGAGAUCCUGCCGGCCUCCUCCAAGCAGAAGAAGCUCGUCCUGCCCUCGCUGCGCCGCCGCGCCUCCUCCUCGUCCGGCUCCCCGCGCCGCGCCUCCGCCGACGCCCGCUCGUUCAGCUCGACCGCCGCCGAAGGCGGCGUGGGCGGGCCGGACAGGAAGAGCACCGGCUUGGCGUCGCAGCUCGGUGCGGGGACGACGACAGCUGCGGAAGCAGCAGCAGCCGCGGGUGCGGCGGAGGGGGGAGGAGGGAAGAGAGCGGCUGGUGGUGAUGGCGGCGGUGCGGGGGCGGACAACAGUCCUGAGAGGAGGUUCGACUUGGUGUCGGCGCGACAGGCGUGCAUCCUGACGGACGCGGCGCUGAACGGCAUGACGGACGGGGAGCUGCGCGAGCACGUGCAGCGGCUGGAGGCGAUGCAGGACACGGCGCAGCGGGUGCUGGCGUACUGGCAGAAGCGGACGGACGAGAAGAUCGGGGAUCGGGAGGCGUUCGAGGGGGUGAUUGAAAACCUGGUGAAGCACGCUCGGAAGGUGAGGAAAUGACGUGCGCCAGACAGUUUGAUAGAGUAUGAGAAGGAAAUGGAAUGAGGCUGUGGCAGUAGGUAGGGAAUAGAGAGGAAGAGGCGCUAUGGCUGCAAGGUACCGGUUCCAGGUCGGCAGAUGUUCAGGGGUACAACAGUGUCAGGAA